GCGUAUAAGCGCAGGUGACGCAGUGAAUCGUGGCUAGUGAAUUAGCGACGACAUAUAUCGACAUUAUAAAUUGAUAAGAUAAAUCGUUUCUGUUUCAUUGACAGUGAGGCUACUUUGAAGUUUGAAUCAAUGAAUGUGAGUAAAAGCAAUAUGCAGGAGAGUGCCGUGAAAAAAAGUAUUAAAAAAAAGCGGACACAGUUUAUCAAGAAGUUUAUGAAUAAUAGUAAUUGGCACGACGAGGACCUAUUGGCAUUCAUCGUUGAUGAAUUUGACGGCGAUGCCGAGAAUAUUAACUGGAUUUUAAAAACAGUUCUGAAAACCGAACGAUGGACUUACCGGCUCGUUGAGGUGCUCAUGGAAAAUGGUGCUGAGUUGCAAGUACUUAAUGACUUGGGCCAAACGGCGAUUCAUUUAGCGGCUAAAAAAAACGAUUGGUUUUUGUCAAACAUAUUGUUCAAUUAUUCUGGAAAUAAGAAUCUCAGCGACAAUGAGGGAUUCACUUACCUUCACGCAGCCUGUAUGACUAGUAAUGUUACGGUGGUACAGAAAUUUAUCGAUGAAGGCGUGGAUGUAAAUCUGAUUUUCUUUGACAAUGGGAUUGCUAAAACCCCGUUAAGUUUAGCUAUAGAAGAUCAAAAUGCUGAUAUGGCAAAAUUACUAUUAAACAAUGGUGCCGAUUUAAAAUUAGUAGAUGAUAAUUGGUGUAAAGCGCCUCUUCGUUGUCUUAAACGUGUAUAUGAACAUUGCAGAUAUUAUGAAUUAGAACCUCUGCAAGUUAUUGGCAAUCAUUUUUUCAGUAAUCUCGUGAAACACAAAACAGAUGAGGAUGUAUUUGAAAAUCUUGGUGAUGACCAAGGAUUUACUUAUUUACACGCGGCUUGCAUGUAUGGCAACAUCGAGAUUGUACAAAAAUUCAUUGAUCAAAAAAUUGAUCUUGAUCUUAUUUGGUAUUCAUCCUGUGGCACCAAUGAAUCACCAUUGACUUUAGCUACUAAAUUUAAGGAAGUAGAGAUAAUAAAAGUGCUUUUGGAACAUGGCGCUAAUCCCAGCAUAAGUCUUUUAAGAAAAAACCUUCUGCACGUUUUUUUCAACUCGUUUAAUUUUGAUUCAGAACUACUCGAGCUCCUCAUUGAUUACAAAUGCGAUGUGAAUGAAAGAAACCAUGAAAAUUGCACGCCAUUAAUGCUUUGCUUGAAUAAUAUAUUGAAUAUGAGUGAUAUGGAUUGGAACGAUGAAUCUACAGAAUUAAUGAAAACUGGGCACAAAAAUUUAGAAACUCUGCUCCAAAAUAAUGCCGAUCCAAACCAAGUUCUCGAUGAUGGCCAAACGUGUUUACACUUGGUAGUUUCUUCGCGGCGUUGUGGACCUAUUGAUGAUUACACCGACGUCUCUUUACCUUCAUACGAAAAUCUCAUGUUCAGAUGCGUAGAAAUGGUUAAGUUACUCUUGAAAUAUGGAGCCAAUCCAAAUUUCAUCGAUAAUGAAGGUAACUCGACACUUUACUUGGCCGUGUUGCGAUAUAACUAUGAUGUGGUCAAGGUACUUUUACAACAUGGAGCCGAUGUGCAAAGUGUUGAUCUCUCAAAAAAACCGUUAGAGUAUAAUCAAUGUAGCGAUGACUUAGAUCAACUGUUCUCUUUUUUAUCUAUCCUCGAUCUAUUAAAAAGUAAAGGUCAUAAAAUGAUUGGAUCAAGUGAUUUGACCAUAUUAAAAUUUUUGAUCGAUCCAGUGGCUAAUGACGAAGAUUAUGAACCAUACACAUUUGAAGCUACAUUAAAAUUUGGUUCUUUGUCGCAAAUCCGUGCUCGUUUAAAUAAAAUUUCUAGCUACUGUCCGGACCUACACCUCUAUAGUAAUGAUCUUCAAAAUCAUCUAGAAAUUAUACAAAAAGGGAAAAUGUAUAUUACGGAAGAAAUGAAGAAUUGCCUGAUACAAUGGUCGCACACGAAUCCUAUUGAACAAAUAGAAGAAGAUUUUUAUGCAGAAAUUUCGGAACAGAUUGAAUACGUGAAAAAUCUGAUGAUAAAGGAUGGUGUGUCCCUUCUCGACGUUUGCACAACUAGCCCAGAAAAAAGAUAUCAUUUGAUAAAAAAUUCAGAAUUUUGGAUAUUUUUCAAUUCAAAUGAAAAAGAAUUCAGUACAAUAUCAAACGUAAUAAAAGGGUACAUAAUUCAGUGCCUAAUGAGAAAACUUUUCGUGGAUAUUGGACUGGAAUAUAUAAUACUAUUGACGCAUGGCAAUCUUCCUGUAUUGUAUUGCGAUCAGGUUAUUCAGUAUUUGAGCAAUGAAGAUAUCCUGUCGUGGGAAACUACGGCUCCGAACGUGGGAUACGACAACCGAGAGAUGGCAUCGCGCAGGGUACGGAGAUUCACCAAAGUAGCGAAGGAUGAGUCCCUCAACGCCUAA